AUGCCAGCCGCAACAGCUCCUGUUUCGCUUUUUACCACUCCUGACCUUGAAAUAAAGUCAUACUGUGAAGAUAGGGACUUUCAAGCCGAAGGGAAGCCCGAGCCUAAUAGUCGCUCGCAGACUUUGAUCUACCAUUGUCAAGACAAAAAAUGGUGGAUCAAAGUACCUUUCGAGGGCGCGAUUUCCUGUUUGCCCCACGAUGCCGAGCCAGAGCAAACCAAAUCGAAACGCGAACGACGAAAAGAAUUCCAAGACUUUGCUAGGCUAAUCGAUUUCCAAUCAUUAGCCCUGCUGGAUAACACUGUGACUGAAGUGAUCUUGAACGAAGAUCCGAAAACAGCUGAACCUGUCAAGCUGUAUCGCGAACCAGAGGAUACGAAUCCGUUUGUAAAGCUCAUCCUACGAUUCUCUAUUCGGGAGGACCUAUCGAGACUGACUUAUCCGCUAUACCUCCAAUUUCCGUCUUUUCGAGCCAUCGAUAUCGCCGAGUUAAUAGAAGAGGAUGAAAUCACCGAUAGAGUGUUCCGCGUUUUAUAUCGCAGCGAUAGAAUACCAUAUAUUCUCAAGGUAGUCAAUCGCCCCCUUUACCAACCACACGAUUCGGAUAAUCUUGAAAGAUUUAAAGGCGUGAUAAGGAUCGUUCAGCCAGCUAGUAUUAUAGUGUUCGCCGGCCCGUACGCGACCUCCCAAAAUGGUGUCGAACAAAUGGUUGUUAGCGGUAUUCUAUUAGAGUACUAUAGCGGUGGCUCCUUACAACGUGUUCUAAAUGAACAGCGUGGUGUCCAAAUUGGGAAUGCUUUAGGCAUUCUUCACCGCGCAAACAAGACUUUUAUAGAUAUAAAGCCUUCAAAUAUUGUUCUGGACGAUGAUGGCAAUGCGGUCCUCAUUGAUAUUAGCGGCAUCGGUGGAGUAACGCACGAUUGGCGUUCACCAGAGAUACGGGAUGAAAUAUCACGCAUUAAGCUUCCAUUCCAAACACGUCGACUGAAUGACAUUUGGGCCUACGGAAAGCUUUUGACGGAGAUUGUGUCAAACGCCGACCGCCCCUUUGCGGGAACUCUCAAGUGGGUUGCGGAUCAUUUUACUAAAGAAGAUAUUCACACCAGGUGGACUCUAUCUGAGGGCAUCUCUCGAUUGAAAAAUUGUCAAGACAUUGAUUAA